GGAGUGACAGCACAUCGCUCUCUCUCUCUCUCUGUCUCUCCCUCUCCCCCUCUCUCUCUCUCGCUCUCUCUCUCUCUCUCUCUCUCUCAUACACACUAAAACACACUCACACAGAGUUCAGGACUCAUAACUGGCAUCAGGAGCCGAGCAGCUACAACUUCCCUCUCUGUGUGUUUUUUCUUCAGAGGAGGAGUGAGGAGAUAAGGAGUGAGGAGAUAAGGAGGAGGAGGAGAGGAGCUCACAGCUGCAUGCUUCAUCUUUUGGAUUUCAAGAUUUCUCUUCUGCAUGAAGCUUUUCUUUUUUUUUUAAAUCUCUCGUCCUCCCACUGCUCAAAGAAGAAAGAGGAACGACGGCUCUGCAGAAAUUAGCCGGAGGGAAAAAAAAAGACAGAGUGAGCAACAGAGCCGAGUAGAUGAGUGUGUGUGUGUGUGUGUGUGUGUGUGUGGAGAGUGUGAAAGCUGCCCGCGAGCCGAGUGAAGUGGACAGAAUGCUGACUUCUCUGAAAAUCUGAUCGCCGUACUCCGGGCGAGCUGUGGGCGGCAGACAGCUGGGGCAGUGAUUCACAAAAACCCGACUCGGAGUGAAAACAAAAGGCACGCUACAACUAAGAGGAGAGGAGACGCUGAGGGGAGAGGAGAGGAGACGCUGAGGGGAGAGGAGACGCUGAGGGAAGAGGAGAGGAGACGCUGAGGGGAGGGGAGAGGAGACGCUGAGGGGAGAGGAGACGCUGAGGGAAGAGGAGAGGAGACGCUGAGGGGAGAGGAGAGGAGACGCUGAGGGGAGAGGAGACGCUGAGGGAAGAGGAGAGGAGACGCUGAGGGAAGAGGAGAGGAGACGGAAGAGGAGAGGAGACGCUGAGGGAAGAGGAGAGGAGACGCUGAGGGAAGAGGAGAGGCAGUGAGCUCAUGACGGGAACUCAACACUUUGUUUACUUCACGGGGAAACUUUGUUUAAAGCUUGAACGAGGACGUUUUGACCGGACGGCGUUCAGGAUCUAACAGUCAGGAGGGACUUCAGUGUGUGUGUGUGUGUUGGACGUACUAAAGGAGCAGGUAUGGGCUAAACGGAGUCCAGGUGAGAGGUCGUCAUGCUGACUCUGAGGAGGACUUUGUAGAUUGAAAUAAGUUGUGUCUGGAAUAUUGAACGUGCUCCUCGUCUCUUUCCCAAACAUCUGGACGAGAAUAAAAAGACUAAACUUGGACUUCAUCUUUUUAUCUUUUCCUCCUUUGUGUCACUUUUGAAGCCCUGAGGUAAACAAACAGCCGAUGGCCGAGCAGGAGGAAUGACACCUGGAGUUUUUUCUUCAGGUGGAUCACACAUGAUAUCUCUUUAUUAAACGUUUUGUUUGUGUGCUGAAGCUUCAACGUCACAAAAACUAACAAGUUCACUGUGUUGGAUGUGAGAUGAUAGCACACUCAGAGGGAGGGCGUUUAAAUAUUUACAUUCUCGCCUGAAGCAGAAACACAAGCAGGAGGAGUUUUUCCACGUCAUGGCAGAGUGAAAGACGAGCGUGCAGGGCGUGUUCUGGUUUUGUUGUGGUUUUGUUGUGAGGUGAAUCAAAGCUCACACAGGAUGUAAAUAAACUCUCACUGACAGCAGCUGUUCUGAAGUGGAUUCAUCGGGCUCACACAGAGACACCCGGGUCUGAUGGUAGCAUCAUGUUGGAUGCUAACACAGGUUUCCUGCAGCGUGCCCUCACAGCGUCAUGGUGGUCUGUUGUGGUCCUGUUAGUGUGUCUGCAGCUCCCCCUGCUGAGCCCGGCACAGCCCACCAUCUGCCUGACUCAGGGCGCCCCCCCAGAGGACGGGUGCCUCUGUGCCUCGGACAUCGUCAGCUGCACCAUGGGGGGUCUGGAGCGGGUCCCCGCAGAGCUGCCGGUCUACGCCGUCACCCUGGAUCUCUGCCACAACCGGAUCGUGCAGCUGGAGGGGGGCAGCUUUGAAGGACUCUAUCGAUUAGAGACUUUACGCUUAGCUCACAACCGGAUGACCGCCAUACACCCGGGGGCGUUUCGAAACACCUCUCUGCUGCGACACCUGGACCUGUCGUCCAAUCAGCUCCGUGUUCUGGAGCAGCAUUACUUCCUGGAUUUGCCCGGAUUGGAGGAACUCCUGCUGUACAACAACCGGAUCGUGCGUGUGGAGAGCAGAGCUCUGGCGGGGCUGGUCAGCCUGCGUAAGGCUUACCUCAGUCACAACCGCCUCACUGACUUCCCCUUCUUCACCCUGCAGGAGCACAGCCUCCCUCACCUGAGCCUGCUCGACCUGUCCUCAAACCGCCUCCCCAAACUCCCCCUGGAGGACAUCUCAAACCUCCCUGUCUCAGUCCUGAGGGGACUCUACCUUCACAACAACCCUCUGGUGUGCGAGUGCUCCAUGUACGCGCUCUUCAAACAAUGGGAGGAGAGGAACUUCACCUCGGUGACGGACUUCAGUGACGAGCACACCUGUCUGGUCUACGGGAUCCAGAGAGGGACCGUCCGCUUCUUCCAGCACGACCGCUUCUUUGAAAAGUGCGACCUGGCAGCUCUGAGCGGGCUGCUGACGUAUCAGGAGAGCAGCGUGUCAGUGAGCGCGGGAGCGGCGCUGCUGCUUCACUGCGUCACCACGCUCUCCGGGGGGCACGUCACCUUCCUCUGGGUGUCGCCCAAUCAGGAGUACGUGGCGCCGCCGGGGAACAACGGGUCGUUAAAGAUGUACAGCAACGGCAGCUUGGAGAUUGUGGAGGCGCGUGCAGAGGAUUCUGGGAUUUACUGGUGCAUGUCUCUGGACCAGCAGCACCGGCGCAAUGAGACGCUGGAG